GUGUUCAGUCCCUAACCCUCCCACUCCCAGGGCUGCCGUCGAAAGAGGUAUUUAGGGAAGUCCAGAACCAUCAGGGUCUCUGUACUUGCGUUAACUUCCUGCUUGAAGCUUUUGAUAUGCGAUUCUCCGAAUUCCAAAUUACUUCAAUCCUCUUCGCGGUGGUUGGAGUUGUUGUUGCUAAUCCUCUUGUGGGUCGUCAAGAUGGUGUCAUUGUAUGUGUACCUCCGGACUAUAAAUGUCCCGCUACUACUCAACGUUGUUGUGCAAGGGACAACUCGUCGACUGUGUUCGAAUGCAUUGACCAACCAUCUACGACCACGUGUAUCCCGCCGCCUUGAUGAGGUGAUGCAGUGCUCAUGAACGCGCGUGAAUUUCCGAGCUGGCAAUGCGUGAACGUAGUGUAGGGGGAAGUUGGGGGAGAAGGCUAAAGGCAUGAACUGGAAAUGAGAUAGCAAUAAAUAUAUCCAUGGAGAGUUGACGAAUUUGACUGUAUUGAAUCAAAGCCAAGCGUAUCAGUUUGAACAAGGCCC